GCCCGCCUCGGUCUCUGCCGCUUCAGGAGCGGGUGGGGUGGGCUGAGUCCCGACCGCCGCCGCCGUCACCACCGCCUGGGAGAAGCCGAGAGCGGAGUCGGCGCUGGUCCCGGAGGAGAGCACGGCCAGGGACUCGCGGGAAUGUGAGCCAUGAGCACGACCUGGACGCUGUCCCCCGAGCCGCUGCCGCCGUCGACGGGGCCCCCGGCGGGCGUGGGCCUGGAUGCUGAGCAGCGCACAGUGUUCGCCUUCGUGCUCUGCCUGCUCGUGGUGCUGGUGCUGCUGAUGGUGCGCUGCGUGCGCAUCCUACUCGACCCCUACAGCCGCAUGCCCGCCUCGUCCUGGACCGACCACAAGGAGGCGCUCGAGCGUGGCCAAUUCGACUACGCGCUGGUCUGAGCCACGGCACCCUCGGGUGGCCCUCUGUCCUGUCACUGUUCCGGGCCCACCUGUCGUCGGCCUGACCGCGCUUGGGAUCCCACCCCAGAGCCCAGUCAAAGGAGGAGUGCAUGAGAAGUCCAGCCCGCCCUGCCCAGACACCUUCCAUACUCUCAGGCCUCUCCCAUCAUCCCUCCCGGGCAAGCCCCAGCCCCACUUGGUGCCUUUAUCCCUCCCUGUCCUCGCCCCAACACUCACUGACCGCCCAGCGUGUAGGUGGCUCUGCUGUUAUCCGGCCUCCAGCAUAAAUGGUAUGUGCGUUCCUGGAUGCGGGGACUCCUCUGUAUCCCCCCUCCCAUGUCUGGCCAUCCCACCACUCCAUCGCUCCCCCCUUCCCCCCGACCCCCCGUGUUGAACCCCUCCUUGGGCUCCUCCUGGACCCACAGAGUAGAAUAUGCCCAGUGCAGCCUGCCCUGAGACCGAGCCUGAAGAGCAACAAUGGCUGCUGUGUCCAGGAUGUUUGGCACCUUCCGUGGGGGCAAAGGCUGGCACUCACUCCCACCCCCCGCCCAGGCCUGUUAGUAAUCAGCACACCCCUCCCUCAGUCACCAUCUCCGUAUGCCAGUCACUGGCAAUUCUGACACCUACCCCUGAUCCCUCCUGCCACGCCCCACACCAUCUCCCUGCCCCCAUGCCCUCCUCAUGCCUUCUUACUCUUCCUGUCUCUGAGUAGAUGGUGAUAAUAAAAGCUAUUAUUGAGCGCUUACUUGAGCCACGCAGAAAGCCGAGUUAGCAUUCCUGCCCAGUGCUGCAGAC